GCCUUGAAGAAUUAUAAGAGCAGCUGUGUCUCUGUCUCUCUCUCCUUUGUCUCUGUCUCUUGUGUUUGUAACUCUCAAAUUUUCUCUGUUACUUUUUAUGUUUGGGUUUUUGGGUCUCUGUUUUGGGCUCUUUGUUAAUAUUCUGUGAAUAGCUGAGAGACAGAGAGAUAGAAGCUGUCAUGGGUUGCUUUCGAUGCACAGGGAAAUCAAGCAAAAAAUCAGAGAACGGGAACGACAAGUAUAGCAGCAAGAAGAACAAGCCAGACGAUCGAACCGCUUCAGAUGCAUUGAAAGUCAGCCCAAAUGAGAAUGUAAAGGAGACCGACGUGAAGAAGGAGGUAGUGUGUAAGGAUGACCAAUUAGCUUUGGAUGUAAAGGGUUUGAAUUUGAUAGAUGAGGUUACAAAAGACGGAAAAACCGAUGGCAAGCGGGCACAAUCACUUACCUUUGAUGAACUUGCAGAAGCAACCGACAAUUUUCGGUCCGAUUGCUUUCUGGGUGAGGGAGGUUUUGGAAAAGUUUACAAAGGGCACUUGGCAAAACUCAAUCAGGACGUAGCUAUCAAGCAACUUGACCGUAAUGGAAGCCAAGGAAUCAGGGAAUUUGUUGUUGAAGUUUUGACAUUAGGUCUUGCUGACCACCCGAAUCUUGUGAAAUUGAUUGGUUUUUGUGCCGAGGGAGAUCAGAGGCUAUUGGUUUAUGAGUACAUGCCAUUAGGAUCUUUGGAAAACCAUUUGCAUGAGCUUCCACCUGAUAGGCAAGUACUUGAUUGGAAUACAAGAAUGAAAAUAGCAGCUGGUGCAGCGCAGGGCUUGGAGUAUUUGCAUGACGAAAUGAAACCCCCUGUUAUAUACCGUGAUCUGAAAUGCUCAAACAUUUUGCUUGGUGAGGGGUAUCAUCCAAAGUUAUCGGAUUUUGGAUUGGCUAAAGUAGGUCCCAUCGGGGAUAAGACUCAUGUUUCCACAAGGGUUAUGGGCACAUAUGGGUACUGUGCACCAGAUUAUGCAAUGACGGGCCAGCUGACAUUUAAAUCAGAUAUUUACAGCUUUGGGGUUGUUCUUUUGGAGAUCAUCACAGGGAGGAAAGCAAUUGAUCAUACCAAGACUGCUAGGGAGCAAAACCUGGUUGCAUGGGCACGACCAUUAUUCAAAGACAGGAAGAAAUUCCCACAAAUGGUGGAUCCACUGCUCCAAGGUCAAUAUCCUGUGAGAGGUUUGUACCAAGCUCUUGCUAUUGCUGCAAUGUGUGUUCAGGAGCAGCCUAAUAUGAGACCUGUCAUAGCUGAUGUGGUUACAGCUCUAAACUACUUGGCUUCCCAAAAAUAUGAUCCCCAAAUCCAUCCAAUCCAAAACCCUAGGAGGAGCCCAUCUUCUCCUAAUGUUAAAAGGGAUGAUGAUAGAAGACAAAUUGCCGGAAAUGAAGGGCAGAGAGAGAGUGGCUGGAAGGACUAAGUCAAUGAUAAAGUGGUCAAAUACCUUAUACUCUGUUCAUACAUAAUGUGCCUCGUUAUCAAUUUUUGCAUCAUAGAAGAUAACAGGCGCUGCUUUGAACCUUUACAUACAGGGAAUUCCUGCCCUCUUCUUCUCUGAGUAUCUCCUCUUUCAUGUACAUGUGAGCUCUUGUACCUAAGAUUUCCCCUUUGUAGGAACUGUCUACCCAUUUUUAUAGUUUAGCAUAAAUUUUCUUAAUAAUGACUUCUCUUCUCAUGA